UUCCGACUUAUUGGCAUAUGUAAUUUAAGGUGUUGAGACAUUUUACAAAUUAUCCAGACUACAUAUUUUGAAGCCUAUGAUUGUGAGAAAGAGAUGGAUUUCAUGAUAUAAACAUCUCAGGCUAGAUAUAAACCUCUGCUAAACCGUGACAGCUGGGUCACGGGGAUGCUGCACAUUUAUAAUAUUACUUUUCUUUUAUUCUGACAGUGCAGUUGUGUGAGCGUCUGAGGACUCUAAGAAAACCUGGCAGUGGAUGCAGAUUUGGAACCUCCCCAGUUUGUUUAUAAGGAAGUGAGCACUCUGAAGCAACAGCAUAUCUCAAUCUGUGUGCAGGGGAAAGUGUUUCUAGCAUCGGACAGCAUGAGAGCCUUAAUCCUGCUGGUGUUCCUGUCAGCGAGCUGCCUGGCUCAGAGACCGAAGCCAUGCAAAUCCCCAGACCUGCUAACUGGAAGUCUCUCUGUGACUACCCAAAAAGGGAAUCUGAUGGCCUAUGCCAAGUACACCUAUGACGCCCUGGGACAACGAAUCCGCCUCAGAGAGUUUGGAAGUCAUGACAAUAAGACCUUCCGCAUUGAUGUACUUUUACUCUUCCAAAAGGGUGUCAUGUACAAGAUAAAUAACAAGAACAGAACAUGCUGCAAGAAGCCACUGAGAAGAGACUUUCACCCACUGGCAAUCCCAGAGGAUGCUAACCUGCUGGGACAGGUUGUGUUGGGCAGCUCCUCCGGACCAGGACAGGGAGUCCUGGUCAACUCAUGGGCAGGAGAGCUGAAGAUGAAGAAUACAACAGCAAAGUACAUGAGCACCGUCACAGAGUUUGGAUGCGUCCCUAUCAGCACCAUGUUUCACACCUGCAAAAGUGGAUGGAUGGUGACCAGUUUCUUCAACAAUGUCAUUGGACUUGCGGACCCUCAUGAACUCAUCCCUCCACGUUUCUGUAAGGACGCCAAGAUGGAGAAAGAGGAGGAUCCAGCGGCCUUCUUCAGCUUGUUUUAAAAGAGAAUAUCUUCCAGAAAUUUGGUGCACUGUGACGAUAAAUACUGUAAUAUGACUCCUUGAACUGUAUUGUUCUUUUUCUUUAGUAGCAGUCAUUGGUGUGGUAUAAUUUUUGGGUCAAAUUCAUCACACAAUUCAUUUAAUUUGAAUUACUACAAUUGUUGUUAGUUGUAUGUGUGUGUAUAACCAUUAGAUUUAGUAUCAGAAGGGAUUGAUAACACAACAGCAAUCAAAUAUUUCAGAUUUUUUUUUUUUUUUUUGUGUUAUUGAAGUAUGUUUUACUUCAAUUUACAAUUAACCAGGAAUGCAAAACGCUAACAUGCAUACGAUGCCAAUGCUCAGCUGGUAUGUUUCCCAUGUUCACCAUCUUAGCAUUUGUUAAUUAGCACUGAAUAUGAUAAGCUGAGGCCGAUGGGAAAGUUGACCUACUGUAUGUCAGCACACCUGCGCUUGUGUAAAUUAAUGAUGAACAUUUUUGUGAUGAUCUUUAUACUAAAAAAUAAAUAAAUGGCUCUUUA